GCAAUCUACCACAACAAAACCUGCGACUGUACACAUCACUCGCUGUGCUUGCUUUGAACCUCUUACCAGUGCGCCGUCGAGUAAUCCAGCUUCUCGAUAUCACCAGAGGCCCGCCCGACAAGCUCAGCUGGUGCAGGACGGUAGAAGCUUGACUGACCCUGUCGGUCCGGAAUCGCGGCCUCGAGCUUGGAACAGGCAUCCCGAAAUUACAUAUGGGGCUAUCCUCAAGACGGCUCGCAGGACAAUAACAACCUCACAGCUAUCGCGAGAGCUCUCUAGCUCUGCCAGUUCAAGGUCUGAGGAUGGGUUUCCUCGGUGUUUACAAAGCGGUUUACGACUAUGUACCGCAGAGCGAAGGGGAGCUGGCGAUCACCGAGGGAGAUCUGCUCUUCGUGCUGGAGAAAAGCGGAGAGGACGACUGGUGGAGAGCAAAGAAGAAGGCAUCCGGCGAGGAUGAUGACGAACCUACUGGAUUAAUACCCAACAACUACAUCGAAGAGGCACAUCCUACGGGCCAAGCGCGUGCGCUUUACGACUACGAGAGACAAACGGACGAGGAACUCUCUUUCACAGAGGAUUCGCAGCUGGAGGUAUUUGAUACAUCGGAUCCGGAUUGGAUAUUGGUAGGGCUGGACGGUGAAUAUGGCUUUGCGCCUGCAAACUAUAUCGAGCUUUCCCAUGGAGAAGCAGCUUCUGAGCCACCGCCACCCAGCCUCCCAAGACGACCUGUUGAGGCAGAAGAGGAGCAUGAACCCGAGCAAGCCCCCGAGUCCUCUCGAAGUCUAGUUCAGAGCCCAGCGGCGGCUUUGGCAGGUAUCAUAAAUCAGCAGCGAAAGCCUUCAGCUCCACCUCGAGCACCAGUACCCCAAUACACACCUGAAGCUUCGGAUGAGGAUGAGGGACCUACACCUUCCCUGCCAGCUCGGCCACAGGUCUCGCAACCUAGAGCCCCUGAACGUAUAGAAACACAAAGUCCAAGAUCGCCGUCUCCACAUGGAGGCCCGCGAACCUCCCCCCCUUGGAACAGAGCAACCAGUAGCAGAGAUGUUGAAAGUGGAAGCCGUUCACCUGGUGGAUUCCAUAUGUACAACAUCAAUGAAAUGGUGUCAGUCAUGGGGAAGCGGAAGAAGAUGCCAACAACUCUGGGGAUCAACAAUGCAACUGGAGUGAUACUUAUAGCUCCUGAGAAAGCUCGAGAUGGUGCCGAGCAGCGAUGGACUGCAGAGAAAAUGACACAUUACUCGAUUGAGGGCAAACAUGUUUUCGUCGAACUUGUACGGCCGAGCAAGAGUGUGGACUUCCACGCAGGAGCAAAGGAUACUGCCCAGGAGAUUGUUAGCGCUCUCGGAGAGCUAGCGGGUGCAGUGAGAGCAGAGGGGUUGAGGGAAGUGAUAAUGGCAGGAACUGGACAAGGUCAAAAGAAAGGCCAAGUCCUUUAUGAUUUUAUGGCACAAGGGGACGAUGAAGUUACAGUAGCGGUUGGCGAUGAAGUGAUCAUUAUUGAUGAUUCGAAGAGUGAAGAAUGGUGGCAAGUUCGGCGGUUAAGGAAUGGAAAGGAGGGUGUGGUCCCAAGCAGUUAUGUCGAAAUUACCGGAACAGUUGCAACGCCUAGUCAAAGCGGCAUCAACGUUGGGCGAUCGACCGUGGAACAAAACAGACUUGACGAGGAGCGACUUGCAAAGGAAUCUCUGAAAACAGCAAGGAUGGAAGAAUCGAGGGUGCCCGAAAGGGGGAGCAGUUUGACGGCACGAGACAGUAGUAACGAUCAUGGACAACAGAAAAGCAGACGUGAAAGCGGCCGGCAUGAGAAUGGCUCAUCACGAUCGUCCAAGUCAAAACCUGACCCUUCGAAAGUCCGAACAUGGACAGACCGUUCGAAAUCCUUUAGUGUUGAAGCUCAAUUCUUAGCGCUAAAGGAUGGCAAGAUCAACCUCCACAAGAUGAAUGGUGUGAAGAUUGCAGUCCCCGUUACUAAGAUGUCUAUCGAAGAUCUCGAGUAUGUUGAGCGAAUCACGGGGGUAUCCCUUGACGAAGAUAAACCACUUUCAGAUAUCAAGAGGCAACAAGCCCGAGCGGCCCAAGCGGCUGUGCCGAGUGGUGGUGCUGGGGUGACGAUUGAACACAAACCACCACCAGGCUCAGAUUAUGAUUGGUUUCAGUUCUUCCUCUCUUGCGAUGUUGCUGUUGGGCUAUGCGAACGAUACGCGCAAGCGUUUGCUAAGGAUUCAAUGGAUGAGAGUGUCUUGCCGGACAUUGAUGCUACAAAUCUGCGGACGUUAGGCUUGCGUGAGGGAGAUAUCAUCAAAGUGAUGAGAUUCUUGGACAAGAAAUACGGCCGUGCCGGAGCUAAAAGAGGGGUUAGUUUCGGAGGCGAGGAAAUUAUCAGCCCAGAUGGGGAAUCUGGUACUGGCCUUUUCUCCGGGCCUGGAGGAACUUUGAAGAAUAACACCCGGAAAGGUCGUCCGGCACCAGCAGUCCAGACCAACGAUGUUGUUGAUCCGAAAGCCUUCUCACAAGAACCGAAAGAUAAGCCUACCCACGAAGGAGUUGCGACGCCACUGGCUUCAGUGCCAACUCCUGCGCAGAAAGACGUUGUGAGAAGCGGCUUUGACGAUGAUGCUUGGGACGUUAAGCCGUCCAAGCAGCAACCACAAGCAAGUUCAAGCCAACCCUCUCAAUCCACACCAGCUCCAGCCCCAUCGCAGCCCACGUUGACUGGCUCAAUGCAAGAAUUGUCACUUCUAUCUGCUCCUUUGGAACCCGUCAAGGCACAACCACCAGCUCCUCCUCAACAAGCCCAGCCAGUACAACAGCAGCAGCAACCUCCACAAGGGGCAACACCAUCAUUCUUUGCUGGAAUUGGAGCACAACAAACGGGCAUGCCUCAACAACAGACAGGCGCACCGAAUAACCAAUACGCCCCUCAAAUGAAUUCUGGAUUGAAUAUUGCUCGUCAAAGACCAGCACCGCCGCAGCAGUUCCAGAAUCAGAAUCAAGUUUCACUCAUGAUUCCUGCGCCCCCCUCAAGGCCUCUGUCUGCACCCCAAGCCAAUCAGCAAAGUGCAUUCCCUCUUCCUCCUCUGCAACCUCAAACGACAGGGAUGCAAACGUCUGCUGGAUUCCAGUCCCGGAUUGCGCCCCCAGGUCAGAGCUUGAAUGAUAUAAGACUGCAACAACAGUAUACAGGCUUCAAUGGACCCCAAAAUCCCCAGCAGAAUAUGGGAAUGAUAGGUCAGCAACAAAACUUUGGACAAAAUCCUCAGCAGAACAUGGGGAUGAUGUCUCAGCCGCAGAACAUGCAGUAUCAAAACACCGGCAUGCUCAACGGUUUCCAAUAUCCCAUGCAAACAGGCAUUGCCCAACAAAACUUUACGAACAACAUGAACAACGGGCCGAGCCCGUUUGCGGAUCCACGACCUCAGCAGUUCUCGCCUAUUCAGCAACAACCUACGGGCUUUCAGAGCUCGUUCGGUCCACCACAACAGCAAUUUCCACAGCAGACUGGAAUCAACUCCUUCCUGCCUCCAGCUUUGGUACCCACGCCAACUGGUGCUCAGGGCAUACAACAGCAGAACGGAUUCAACUCUUCUUUCAGCCCGCCGCCCGUGCCGCCAAUGCCUCAACAACACUCCAUGAUGCCAUUGGUUCCUCAGAAGACUGGCCCUCCACCGCCAGUGAGGUUUGGAGUCUCUGGAGAUACCAAGAAGCUCAUGCCUCAAGCAACUGGGCGCAGAGCGAACCUGUCGCAAGCUACUCCUCAAAAUCCCUUUGGAUUCUAAAGCCGGCGGGGCCUGUAGAUCAUCGAAGCUAGAGUUUGUUUCUUCUGUAGUAUAGGCAGGCAUAGCUCAGCAUCGAGUUGUUAAUAAUUGUUUCGUCCAGAUUUCUUCCUUUUCAAAGCCUAUAGUUGCAGAUCUUAGUCAGGGAUGGUUUAUUCGUGAAAUCGUGGCAUGGGUGUCCUGCAUGGAGGAUGGCGUUGGUGAGGAGCAACUCUGGCUUUUUUUUUUUUUCGAGAAUAUGGUGGAGCUUGCAUUCGACUCGACCGGAAUUUCUUAAGAAUCUGGUGCAAGUCUUCCACUUUCAACGUCUCUGUUUCAAGGAAUCUUCCAAGUGGACCAGGAAAGUCUAAAUUUACACUUUUAAGAAUGCAAGUAAACCCCGAACAAGAGCUGCUCGUCUAUUUUGUUCCUUGACAACACGUG